AUGGCGGAGCCGCCUCGCGCCGCCGUCUGCCCGACAAACUGGAGGAAGGAGGCGGAUGAGCGGCUUCGGCGCCUCCACUCCCUCCUCUUCGGCGCCGACGCGGCGCUCGAGCACGGGGACGCCAUGGUGGCGCAGGCGCUCGCGCUCCGCCUCCUCGGCUUCCUCGACUCCCAGGCCCUAGCCGCAGGCGCGGACCCCGAGGAUGCCGCCUUCGUCGCGCCCAUUCGCGCCGCGGCUUCCGCUCGGCUAGCCGCCACCUCACGCGCCCGCAUCUCUGACUCCGACCGGUACGGAACACUGCCCCCGUCCCCGUGCAAUCGACCCCCUCCCUAUUUCGCGUCCGAACUCGUGGAACGCGACGGUAACUAUGCGGACUGUCCAGAUCCGAGGAAUCUACUGCAGCUACAUUACGCAGUUUGCAAAUAUAAAAUAUUAUAG